AUGGACAUGUUUAGUCUGAAUGGCCUCAAGUGCGGAUUUGGCGGAGGCGGAUUUGGCGGUGGUUCGGAGGCGGAUUUUGGCGGUGGUUCCGGAGGGAUUUGGCGUGGUUCUGGAGAGGAUUUGCCGGUGGUUCUGGAGGAGGAUUUGGCGGUGGUUCUGGAGGAAAUUGGCGAUGGUUCCGGAGACGAAUUUGGCGUGGUUCUGGAGGAGAAAUUGGCGAUGGUUCCGGAGACGAAUUUGGCGGUGGUUCUAGAGUCGGAUAUGGCACCACGCUCUCUGAAAGAGCAUUUUCACACGGCGGUGGAAACGGAGGAGGUAGAUCCUUCAUCAGCGGAGCAGGCGAUUUCUCUGCAAGAAGAGGAUAAGGUUAUGAGGGCGGAGGUUCAGGGGGAGCCUGCAAAGAAGGAGAGAUCCUGCACGUAG